AUGCCACCAGUUGUAGGGCCCGAAUGGUGGGCCCUACAAGAGUAUGAAACCGAGGUUGCCCAGCGGAGUGUUGCUCGCAGUCUCACCGUGGUCCUGAGAAGACACGGUGAAAUUUCGCUUAAAUGGCCGUCGCGUGGAAGCGCCACACGACCCACAAGUCCAACCAAUAUCAGCAAGAAACGGUGUAGCGUUCUCGAGUUCGGUCUCGCUCAGGCGGCGUGGAAAGGGCCGAAAAGAGAGAGGCGAGAAAGAGUGAGAGAGAAUCAGUGGCGGCUGGCAUCUGCGUCGGGAUCCGCAGAUGGUUGCAUAACGGAGUCGUUCCUCCUCCUCGUCCCGCUUCUCCUUUCGGCCGGCCAGCCUCACCGCCGCAGCGAGCGAGGGAGGUGCGUGUGGGCGAGGCUCUCCCUCACUAGUCUGCGCCGUGCUCCUGCUGGCUCCGGAGAAGGGUGCAGCGCCCAUCGGCUCAUGGGUCUGAGGUUGCCCCUGGACGUCCCCAACACCGUCUACUGGUGGCCGGGCACUUCCAACAGCAAGGUGCGGGUGGAAGGACCCAAUAUCUGGGAGUGGAAGGAUAUCGAGGAAUCGCAAAGGAAUCAGUGGCACGAGAUCACGACCACACAGCGGGAUGAUGACGGUGAGGGACAGCGCUUCCCGGACACAAAAUAUGCAGAGUUUACCCGCGCCGAAUGUAACCCCGAGAAUACCGACCUUGAGCAUUGGACAUCUGUCGCCGGGGAGGCUGGGGCGCAGCUGCGUGGCGAUGCCCGCUGCGAGAGGCUGGGAUUCGCUUCGGGCUCAUCAGGCACUGGACGCUCUCUGCGCACUAUUACCCCAACAGCAGAGCGUGAGGUGCGAAUCAACAGCAACAGCCGUAACAGGGAGGACAUUGAUAUCACCUGUGCUCAUCGCAGCUGCGGGAACCUCGGUUACACAAUUCAAAACAGUGACUCUCCACACGAGCCUCCCUCAGAGCAGUCCUUCCAGCCAAUGAGAAUCCUGAAGGCAAAGUCCACUUCGAAACUUUAG